ACAUGUUUGUGUGUCAUAUGGACUCAUUAAUUAAAAUACGUAUUUGAUUAUAUAAAUUAAAUUUGAAUGACAAUGGAAAACUAAACAUUUAAAUGUUUACAGCAGAAGAAGAAUCACACACCGACUUUAAUUUUUUAAACGAUGAUGCGGAAGUAGCGCUAUUUUACGCACGCUAGCAAAAGUUGCAGCAAAGUUGCUGACUCCUGCUCACAAGAUUACGCUUAAAAAAAAAUGAAAUAAACUUACCAAAUAGUUAUUUUUUGGCUUGUGGGGAUGUCAAAAAGAGAGAACGAGGCAGCCAAAGUGAUGACUGAGGCGAUGGAUGAAACAAUGCAACGACUACACGAAAGAUUCCAAGCUAUCUCUGAACAACUGGAAGGACAAAUAGAUGAGAUGGGAACACGCAUCAGUGGCCUUGAGAGGAACGUAACAGAGCUGAUGACCGAAGCCGGCAUGGAAGAUCGGCCUGUUUCUAAAAUGAGCGACCUUCUCCCUAACUAGUUAAAAAAAAAAAUGUAUAUAUCAAUUUCAGCACAUUCCAAAAUAUUCCUACACCUGCAGCGAGCCAAGUAUAUAUAUAUGCAUUUACUACCUCUGCGCACCGUUCACAAUAGUGUUAUACGAUGGCUCCAAAAGUAACUCAGACACUUUAAAGCCAAAGAAAAUCACAAGUGGCCUUUUGACAAGUCAGCAAGAAGACAGCACUCAGAAAAACAAACAGUAUUACGCCUGUCCUAACAUUCUAGAGCACUGGUUCUUGAAAUGGUACAAAAAGUACCACAUGCACGGAUAGAAAAGUAUUUGCAAAGUCAAAUAUUUUUUGGACUAAGCUAUGCACCGUGUCAAUGUGCUCCCAAUUGCCAAAUAAAGAUGUAUUGACACAGA